AUGUCAACCACACCUUAAGGCUAUAAUCCUGCAGUUGCAGGUAAGAGAAAGUAGAGAGAUAUCGCAAAACUCUUGAUGAGUGACUACAAAGUAACUCAAAGUAAAACCAACAAGAAUGAUAUGGCCAUUGAAUUCCCAGGUCCAAAAGACUCACUUUAUGAAGGCGGCGUUUGGACUGUGCACGUUCUCCUCCCUGAGUAAUACCCCUACAAGUCACCCUCAAUCGGAUUCAUGAAUAAAAUCUAUCAUCCUAAUGUUGAUGAAGCAUCUGGAAGCGUUUGCUUAGAUGUCAUUAAUCAAAGCUGGUCUCCUAUGUUUGAGCUAGUAAACAUUUUUGAUAGUUUUCUCCCUCAGCUAUUAAGUUAUCCUAACCCCCAUGAUCCCUUAAACCCUGAAGCAGCAUCUAUGAUGAACAAGGAUUUAAAGAGAUAUGAAUAAAAAGUUCGUGAUUAUGUCAAAAAAUAUGCUAUGAAAGCUGAGUAACUAGCUAAAACACUCUCAAUGGACAUGGAAGAAGAGGAAUCUUUAGUUAAGUAAAAUUCUAUAAGAGAGCCUGCUCUCUCUACAGCUUUGUCUACUGCUACUACUCGUAGAGAUUCUUAGGCAAUAGAUGAAGAAAUUGAUUCUAGUAGUGGUAAUUAAUUCAGUGAUAAUGAAGACGAAGGAAAACAAAAAGACAACUAAGAACAAAUUCAGGAUGAUUAGCUUAGCUAAAUUUCACUUGAGGAUGUGAGCGAUUUAAGUGAUAACGAAGAUGUUGACAAUGAUGCCAUAGAAUGCUAUGCUUGA